AUGCAGCAGCACGGACGGUCACCGGUGCGCUCGGCCUCACAAGACGGCGACGGCAGCAGUCGGCCGCUAGUCGCCGGCAGCAGGUCCCCCCAAGGAUCUGUUGCGCCCGGCCCGCGCCCCGCUGCUGUGCGUGUGCCCGCAAUGCGCGGAGCAGCGGGCGGCGCGAGGGGGAGCUCCGCCGCAACUUCCGCGAUUUCCUAUGGCGGCGGUAAAGUCGCGGACGAGGAGGAGGAGGAGGAGGAGGAGGGCGAGGACGAAUACGAGGAGGAAGAGAGUCCGCAGCGGGUGGGGCGGCAGGAUUCGGUCCGAAGCUCCAUAUCUGACACCAGCGCCGACCGCGGGGGGUUGAUGGGCGGAAGGGGCGGGCUACGACCGCAGCGGAUGAAAAACGGGCCAGACGGGGGGAGCGCGUCAUUGCGCAUGCCCCCGCGGCCCCCCGGCGCGAACCCCGCGCCGUAUGCGGGGCCGAACCCGCCCGUCGACAGCCCGAUGGCCCGCCAGCAACACCGGCGAGGCGCGUCGUUCGACUCGCGCGUGGUUACGGAGUCGUUGAGUGGCCCGCCCGCAUUUCCCUCCCCCUCCUCCUCCUCCUCAGGCGCGGUGACGUCAGGGGGUUCCGCUUCCGCGCAUGUGCUUUCGCAGUCGCGCUCGGCGAAUCUGUCCCGCACGCCAGUCUCCGGUGGUGCGCCGACCAGGGAUCCGCGCGCCUCAGCGGGAAGCAGCGGCCUUGCGGGGAACGCGGGACGCGCCGGCGGUGGCGAUGGUAACGUCGCGGUUAACAGCGGUGCUAAUAGUGCUGGAAGCGGUGCUGCUUUUAACGCAAUUACGGGAGGCGGGGGCGGCACGAGGGGUCCGACGGGGUCGCAGGCUGGGUCGCAGGCUAGCGGCAGAUUAGAUGCGCGGGUAGCAGCAGGAGCAAGGGGGGAAGCUCGCGGCAACAGCAACGCCAGCUUCAGCGGCAGUGACGAUGAAGAGGACGAGGACGAGGACGAUGAUAGCAAUGAGCCGGUGGCAGUUCCAGCGAGGGUUGUGGGAAGGACCUCAGGCGCGACCGGGACUGGUCGAGGUGCUGCCGCUGCCCCUGCUGCCUCUGCCGCUGCCCCAGCAGCGCGCGGAAGAGGGCGGGGCAGAGGCGUGGAGGGGAGAGGAGAGAUGGCGUUCCGGGGCGGGCGCGCAGGAAUGGGCGGAAUGGGGGGGAUGGGGGGACGGGGGCGGGGGCGCGCGCACCACCGCACGUUUUCGGAGUCUCAGAUGGGGUUUUUGCACACCACUGAUUUUAGCUCCAUGCAGGAUGACGCGGAAGGUGGGCAGGCGGAGUGGGGUUCCGCCUCUGGCGCGCAGGGCGGUGGGGGAAUGCCAGGGGGGAUGGGCGGAGGCAGGGGCGCGGCAAAGGGGAGAGUGCUCGCGGCAAAGGGGGGAGCAGCGGGGAAAUCGCGGUUUUUAAGCGUGCAGGAGACGAGACGAGGGGAGAGUGCGCUUAGCAGGUUGGGAGGGGGCAUUGGAGGGAGCGUGAGGGAAGUGCGUGACUAUAAUGAAGGGUCGGAAUGGAUGGGCGGGGAGUUGAGACGGCCUGCUGCGGCGCCAGUGCAAGGGAGUGGGGUGCGGAACGGUGAGAGGCGCGGGGGCAGGGCGGAGGAGUAUGAAAUAGAGGGCGGCGGCGGCGGUCGUGGUAGGCCAGUGCCUGUGGCAACGGCGGCAAGAGGAGCAGGGGGAGGGAGAGGCGGAGGGGCGGCAGGAGGAAUGGGAAUGGGCAACAGUGGGUGGGGAGGAGGCAUGGGCAGGGGGGUGGGAGGAGGGAGAUCAGGUGGGAGCGGAACUGCAGCAGCAGGUAUGGGUGGGGCGCCGAACCUGGGUGGUAGGGGCGGGAGAGGUCCGGGCGUGGUUCGUGGCGUGGCCGGUGGCAUGGCACGGGGCGGCAUGGGCGGCAGAGGGGCCAUGGGCGGGCGGCACAGGCGAACGAGCUCGGAGUCGCAGGCAGCAGCAGCGUUCUACAGCGCACCAGGAGAUGACUUCUUCUGGAGCGGUGGGGGUGACACUGGUGCGCCCCCUGUGAGGCAGGGCGGGCAGCGGGCACUGGAGCAGCCGGGGCAGGGGCAAGGGCAGCAACGGCAGGAGGGCGUGGGGACAGGAAGGAGUUUGCAGAGAGUUGGGGGAGAGGGAGGGAGGGGCGGAGGCGACGUGGGGAGGGGGAGGAUGCAGGGUGCAGGUGGGCGUGGUGGCGCUGCUGGCGCUGGUUCCAGUGGGAGGGGUGCGGUUGGGCCAGGUGGGAGAGGGCAGGGGGGGGUGGGGAGAGGUGCAGGGGGUGUUGGCAGGGGUGGUGGCAGCUCUGUUAGAGCCCAGCAGCAGCAGCGACAGCAGCAGGGGCAGCCAGAGCAAGAGCAAGAGCAGGGGCAGUGGGGGGAGCAGGCGGAGGAGUGUGAGCCGCCGGAGCUGCAGAGGGAGCUGACGUUCCGAGUGAACCUGGAGGAGCCGGUGGUUGAGAAAGAACCCGCGCUGGAGCGCGAACUCACCUUCCGCAUGGGCGCCAGUUGA